AUGAGCGAAGCUCAAGCUCCCAAGCCUGUCGAGGCUGUCCAGCCUGAGGCCGAGGUUCCUGCCACACAGCCCACGGAAGAGAAGGUUGAAGAGAAGACAGAGCAGAAGGCAGAGGAUUCCACAGAAAAGCCUGAGGAGAAGCCUGAAGAGAAGAAGGAGAUUUUGAAGACCACAGCCAGGCAUGAUGAUGCAAACCCUCGCAACAACCGCAAAUUCGACCCUUCGACCCGUGAGAUCACUGAUGACCCUGAGGCUAUCCGCAAGCAGGUCGAGUUUUACUUUGGCGACUGGAACUUCCCUCAGGACAAAUUCAUGUGGGAGUCAUGCGGCGGAAGCGAAAACAAGCCCAUGAAGGUCAAGACUAUCCACUCCUUCAAGCGUAUGCGAACAUUCCAGCCCUACAGCGCUGUCAUCGCUGCGCUCAAAGACAGCAAGUUUCUUGAGCUUUCCGGUGAGGAGGGGGAAGAGGUCGUCAAGCGCAAGACCCCCUACCAGCCCAUGAACGCGCCCAAGUCCAAGGUCGAAGCCGCUACCGUUUACGUCAAGGGCUUUGGCGAUGAGGCCCCUAACACCCAGUUCGACCUUGAAAGCUUCUUCGCUCAGUUUGGCGAGGUCAAGGGUCUUAAGCUCCGACGCACGAACGAGGGUCUCUUCAAGGGCUCCGUGUUCGUCACCUUCGCCGACGAGGAUGAGGCGAACAAGUUCGUCCAGAUUGACCCCAAGCCUAAGUGGAAGGACCACGAUCUCAAAAUCAUGAGCAAACGAGCUUACUGCGACGAGAAGAACGACCUUAUCCGGCAAGGGAAGAUUGAGCCUAACCAGAGCAAUCCCCGCAAGUUUUAUGAGGGUAGAGAGACAGGCAAGGGUGGACGUGGACGAGGUGGAAAGGAUUCUCGUGGUCGUGACCAGGACGACUGGAAGCAGCGACGCGAGACCGACCAGAAGAACGGUUUCAAGGAUCGACGAGGUGGACGCGGCGGCCGAGGAGGUCGUGGUCGAGGCCGUGGCCGUGGUGGACGCGAUGGUGGACGUGACCGUAAUCAGUCCAAGGACGAAGUCAAGCACAGCAGCAACGACACCACCCCUCGCAUCCAGUCUACCGCCGACGAGUCUGCCGAUAACAAGAAGCGAAGCCGCGACGAGGAUGCUCCCUCUGGCGAGCCUGCUGCCAAGAAGGUCGAUGUCAAGGCCGAAUAA